GCCUUUAAAACUAAAUACGAUUUAAAUCAUCACAAAAAUUACAUUCAUUUAAAAAUCAAGAAAUUUAUUUGUGAUUUCAAUGAAUGCAAUCAGAAAUUUACAAAUAGAAUGACAUUAUAUAGUCAUAAAAGAUCUCAACAUUUAUAUAAAAAUUUUCAUUGUUUUUGGCCUAAAUGUCAAUUCAAGACAACAGACAAAUUCAGUCUUAAAUAUCAUGAAUUAAUUCAUUCGUCAAUAAAACAAUUUAAAUGUGAUUUUAAUAAUUGUAAUAAAAGCUAUACUCAAAGUCCUAAUCUUCAAAGACACAAAAAUAGAGAUCAUUUAAAUGUGAGAUUUAUUUGUGAUUUCAAUGAAUGCCACAAAAGUUUUGACUCAAAAUGUAAUUUAUUUCGACACAAAAGUUGUGUUCAUUUAAAUGAAAAGAAAUUCAAAUGUAAUGAAGAAAAUUGUGGCAAAAAAUUCAAAGCAAACAAGAAUCUUAUUUUACACAAACGCAUUCAUUCGGGAGAAAAACCAUUUAUUUGUAAUUUUAAAGGGUGUGAUAAAACAUUUCGGACAAAACAUGAAUUAAGAUUACAUAUGAGAAGACAUGAAAAUAAAAAAUUUGUCUGCGAUUUUACUGAUUGUCAAAAAACUUUUAAAACAAAACAACAAUUAUUUCGACACAAAAAUUGCGUUCAUUUAAAUGAAAGACAAUUUAAAUGUAAUGAAAAAUAUUGUGACAAAAAUUUUAAUACAAAUCAACGCCUAAACGAACACAAAUUCAGACAUUCGGGAGAAAAGCCAUUUAUUUGUGAUAUUAAUAAUUGCAACAAAAGUUAUAAAUGUAAAUAUGAUCUCAAAGAACAUAUGAAAAUACAUAAUAUUCAAUAA